UAUGUCUGCGCCCAUCUGAGAAAGCGUGUUGCUAUAAAAAUGUACUGUUAAUUGUUUAUUUACAGGGACGUCUUUACAAUGCCACUAAAACGAGCUCUGAGUGAAAAAGAACCACAGGAUUCUGAAGAGAAUGGAUCUUCAGAUGAAUCAGAGGAUGAGGGAGAUGCAUAUGACAUCUCAGCAGCCAUGUCCAAUAUCAAAUCCAAACAGAAAAACUUGAAGAAGAGUGAACAGGAUAAAAUAGGUCAGAAUGGUGCUACUGCUCAGCCACCACCGAAGAUGAGGAAGGUAUCUAAAGAGGUCUUAUAUAAGCAGCCCACCAACAAAGAACUGAAUGAACUCAAGGAGGCAGAGAAUCUGUUCCAUUCAAGUCUUUUCAGAAUGCAGAUAACUGAACUAUUAAAAGAAGUCAUGCUUCAAGAGAAAAAGAAACACCAAGUAGAAGCAUAUUUAUAUAGUCUUAAGGAUGCAAUAAUGAAAACACCAGGAGGAAAAGAACAUGAUCUUGUAAACCAGAAAUGGACAGAAAAGAAAAAAAUUAAAGUUCCUCUCAUCCAGGAGCCAUUCAGAGUAAAGGGAAAGUUCAAGUUCAUUCCACCAAAAUCAGUCAAAGUGGUUGGGAGUUUUUUACUUGGUGUUGCAAUCAAGCCACUUGUUUCUGUUGAUUUGGCUGUAGAAAUCCCAAAGCUUUGCAUUCAGCCCAAAGACUAUCUAAACCAUAGAUAUUUAAGAAAGAGAGCUUUGUACCUGACACACCUGGCCAGCUACUUGAGCAAGCAAACAGAUAUAGUAGAAGAUGUGAAGUUUUCAUACCACCAUGGAAAUUACUUGAAGCCUAUCAUAAUUGUAUCACCAAAAGGUAAACUGUCCAAAAAUGUCAAGAUCCAUAUUCAUGCUACUGCAGAGGAUGGUGCCUUUAAGAUGAACAGGUUUGACAUUGAAAAAAACAACGUAAGGAUGCAGUGGUUUAAUUCAGAGAAGGAAACAGAAGGAGAUGAAGAAUCUGGCCAGCCUGCUACUCCCCGCUACAAUAUGUCAGUGUUGAUUGAUUUGGCUCUGGAAAAACAUCUCCAUUUCCUACAUAAAGUCAUAGAGGACUCUGCAGGUGUGAAGGAAGGGAUUGCACUACUUAGAGUUUGGCUACAUCAGAGAGAGUUAGAUCAGGGCCAGGGCUGCUUCACUCCAUUUACUUUGUCCAUGUAUGUUGGAUAUUUACUGAAGAAGAGAAAAUUAAAUGUUGCAAUGAGUAGCUAUCAAAUCAUGAGAAACACACUUCUCUGUCUUGCACAAUCAGAUUGGUGUAAGGAAGGAAUCAGUAUAGCCGAUGUAUGUGGUGUAGAUGACCCCAAGCGACCUCACUUGGCCAACUUCCACGAGUCCUUUGAAGUAGUAUUUGUAGACCCCACAGGCUACAUAAAUAUCACUGCAGAAAUGAGCAGACAGAUGUUUAAUAGAGUGAAACAUGAGGCCGGUCUGGCCAUUCAAGUUCUUGAAAACAGUGCUGUUGACAGCUUUGAGGUCCUUUUCAUGACACCGGCACCUUUCAUCAGGAAAUUUGACAACUUAUUUCAUUUGACACACAUAGAAAAUCUAAAGAAAACAGUAGCAAGUUUCUGUCUUGAGGACCAGCUGUUAGAUCGUGGUGGGAACUAUGUGUCUGCAUGUCUGCCCAGUUUGCUACAGUUACUGGAGAAAGCUCUUGGCAAGAGGGUGGAGCUGGUGACUCAGAAACCUGCACAAGCCAGUCAGUGGUCUAUCAGUGAACCUCCACCAUCAUGGUCAGACCAGCCAUCACUCACAUUUGGAUUGCUAUUUAACGCUGAGUCAUGCACCACCAUUCUAGACAAAGGACCUGCUGCAGACAGUCCAGAGGCAAAGUCAUUCAGAGAAUUCUGGGGAGAUAUAUCAGAGCUGAGACGAUUUCAAGAUGGCACAAUCUGCGAGGCAGUUGUGUGGCCCAGCAAAACUUUGGCAGAUAGAAGACUUGUGUGUGGUAAAAUUAUCAAACACAUUUUGGUCAGACAUGCUGAGAUUCCCCGUGACUCCAUGCACUAUACAUGUGGUCAGCUGAAUUCUUUAUUAUGUCUCCCACAACCUACAAAUAAAUCCACCCUGUUAUAUGGCACGGGAGAAGAGCAGAAUUAUAAUAUCACCAGAAGCUAUGAUCACCUUUGUAAGGUCCUGAGGAACCUACAGGACUUGCCUCUGGCCAUACAUACCAUUCAGGGAACUGAUCCUGUGUUCAGAUAUGCUGAUGUAUUUCCAGCAAUGCCAGCUACAUUCAAAGCAGCAACUAAAGUAGUGGGUGGCAGACAGCUACCUCUGCCAGACAAACCCUGUCCUCCUUGGGUGAAAUCGAUGAAAGUGGUCUGUCUGUUAGAGGCCAGUGGGAAAUGGCCAGAGGAUGCCGAGGCAAUCAGAAGGCUCAAGGCAGCUUUUCACAUUCAGUUGGCAAACCUGCUAAAGAAACAGCAUUCCAUGACUAGCUAUGCUAAUGUUGACCAUGUGGAUGUUUUCAAGGAUGGCUUUGUGUUCAGAAUCACCCUUGGUUACCUAAAAGAAAUUGCCAUGUUGAAAAUGAAGAAGACUCCAGAGGGACUUGUUACAAUGAGAGAAACUGAAGAAUCAUCAGCAAUGGAAAAGGAGCUUGUUACACUCCCUAAGUUUAGCACUGCAAUGCAUGGUUUACAACAGCAGCACCAUGCCCUCAGCAGUGUAGUGAGACUGGCCAAGAGAUGGGUGUGUGCUCAGCUGUUAGGGGACCACAUAGCAGAGGAGGCUAUAGAACUACUGGUGGCCUAUUUGUACCUGUGCCCGGCCCCCUUCACACCACCCAGCUCAGUGGCUUCUGGCCUUAUGCGUUUUCUCCAUCUCCUAUCAAACCAUGACUGGUCCCUGUCUCCUCUAAUAGUGAACCUCAACAAUGAAUUAACCAAUCUAGAAUGCACAGAAAUUCGGACAAAAUUCACCAAGGAGCGGAGCACACUUCCCUUGAUGUUCAUAGCCACCCCAUAUGACAAAAACAGCAGCAUGUUCACUAAACAUAAGCCCACUGUGCCCAUACUGCAGAGAAUAGUGCUACUAGCUAGAGAAUCACUCGCUGUCCUGCAGGAACAACUGAUGGAAACUCACCAAAUAGUUGAUUUCAAGCAAAUAUUUCGCCCACCCUUGGAUGCCUACGAUGUUAUUAUCCAGCUGAAUACCAAGAACCUGGCAAGACACUAUCAUGCUGUAGACACCACUGCAAAAACUUUCAUUCCAAGCUAUAAGGAAUAUAGCAAAGGAGGAGAGGAAGAAACCAUGCCAGUGGUUAACUUUGACCCAGUGCAGAUCUACCUCAAAGAAUUGAGGGAGACCUUCUCAGAAUUUGCUCUGUUCUUCCAUGACAGCCUUGGAGGGGAUUUCAUUGCUGUGCUGUGGAAGCCAGCCUUCUUUGAAACCCAGCCAUUUAAGCUGUCUCACAUUAAUUGUCGAGCACCAGUCACAGAUGGAGAAAACAGUGAUGUCAGUCUCAAGACAAAUGUUGAUGUGAUUCUGGAGGAUUUUAAAAACAUUGGCACUGGACUAGUUAGACACAUAGAGGUGAAAAAGAAAAAACACUGAUGUGCUCCUCUGGAUUUUUAUUUAGAUUCAGCAAUCUUUUCCAUGACUUGUUACUGGGAUAAAGGCAUUCUCACCAGAAUAUCACAAUUGAAGCCAGACAUAAUUUACCAAGUUGGUUAUGGAGCACCAUUAAAGAUGCAUUUACAGCCAGAAUUUUGCCACAGAACCUGACCAAAUGCCAUCAUAUAGUUUCACAUAGUAUACCUUAGAGAAAUGCCAAAGGACAACAUUUCAUAUUUCUUGAAAAAUAUUUGUACAGAUAUUUUCUUUCUUUCUGUGCUAUAAAUAUCACUCAGCAGUCUCAUUUGAAUAUAUAUGACAUUAAAAUGGUUUAUAUGUGCUACUGAAAAUCCACACUGGCUUUGUUAAUUUAAAAGGAUUUUUUCCUUUUCACUUUUUUUUACAUAGUGUAUUGGUUUGGAUAGUGGGAGAAAUUUACAGUUGACCCAGGAAAAA